AUGAGCAUCCAGUCUCCACCCAGACUCCUGGAGCUGGCAGGUAACAGCCUGCUGAGUGAAAAGUACACGGCUGUCCUGGAUCUGGAGGACCUGCCCAUAGAGCUUUUUCCACCACUCUUUGUGGAGGCCUUCAGCAGGGGACACACAGAGGUUCUGAAGAAAAUGGUGCAAGACUGGCCCUUCACCCGCCUGCUCCUAGGGGCCCUGAUGAGGAAGCCACAGCUGGAGAUGAUCCGAAUGGCACUGGAUAGGCUGGACAUGCUGCUUGUCCAGCAGGAUCGCCCCACGAGGUGGAAACUGCAGGUGCUGGAUUUGUGGAAUAUUCCCCAGAACUUCUGGAGGAUGUGGUCUGGAGCCAUGGUUGAUGCCUGCUCACCAGAGGCAAUGAAGAAGAAUCAAACAUUGAAACUUUGUCCAACAAUGGCAGCUUAGAUGCCCUUGAAGGUAGUCAUAGACUUGUGCUUCAAAGAAGGACCCCUGGAUGAAUUUCUGACCCACUUGUUCCUGUGCUUCACACAGAGAAGGAAAAGGCUGCACCUGUAUUGCAAUAGGCUGAAGAUCUUUGGGAAACUCACCAGCCACACCAGGAAGGUCCUGAGACUGCUGCAGCUGAACUCUGUCCAGAAGGUGGAAGUGCACUGCACCUGGGUGCCCUCCACCUUGGCUGCUUAUGCUCCUUUCUUGGGCCAGAUGAGGAACCUGAAGAUUGAGAAUCUGGACUUUGAAGCUUGUGGCAUCACUGACUCCCAGCAUCAGGCCCUUAUGCCUGCCCUGAGCCACUGCUCCCAGCUUGUGAUCUUGAGCUUCCAUGGGAACCACCUCUCUAUGUCAUCCCUGAGGGACCUGAUGGUUCACACUGCCAGGCUGAGCCAAUUGAGCAUAGAGCUGUACCCUGCCCCUCUGGAGAGUUAUGAUGCCAGGGUACCAUCCACCCAGGGAGCUCACAGCAAUACUGAAGGACUUUAG